AUGGAUAAAAAGAGGGGCAGAUCAGCCAAAUAGAAAGCUAGUCCAGAGAAGAAAGAAGAGGAAGAAGAGGAAUUUGUUGUUGAAUCAAAAGGGAAACAAUAAAAAGGAAAAAAGAAAACUGAUGAUAAUGAAGGCAAGAAAAGUGAAUAGAAAAUAGAGAAAUAAUAGAAAAUAAAAGAAGUGGAAAAAAAAGUAAAAUAAGUUAACCAAGCAGAUGAAAAAUUUGAUUUAGGAGAUGGACGAUUUAAUACUCCAACAGUAAAAAUUUCAAGUUGGAAUAUUAAUGGAAUCAGAGCUGUCACAAAGCAUGAGUCAGCUGUUAAAUACUUAAAUGACUCUAAAGUAAUUUAUUACUUAUAAUUAAGUUUGAUAUAAUUUGUUUAAAUGAAUUGAAAGCUGAUUAAGGUGUAUUCGACAAAGAAAAUUUAGGCGCUAAAUUCGGAAAACACUAUUUUUUAUAUCUUAAUUUUUGUAAAUCUAAAGCUGGAUAUAGUGGAGUUGCUAUAGCAUCUAAGUAAGUUGAAAUGUAAUACUUAAUAGAGUCAAACCAAUAUCAGUGAAGUGCGAUAUUGGUGUAGAUAAGCAUGACCAAGAAGGAAGAACACUCACUGCUGAAUUCGAAAGGUUUUAUUUAGUUUCAUGUUAUGUUCCAAACUCAGGACAGAAAUUGGAAAGACUUGACUAUAGAACCAAGGAGUGGGAUGUUGAUUUCUAAAACUAUCUUGAAGGACUUAGAAAGAAAAAACCUACGAUCUUAUGUGGUGAUCUUAAUGUAGCUCACCACGAAAUAGAUCUUUCCAAUCCAGCUGGCAACAAGAAGACUGCUGGGUAUUUUCAUACUCUUAUUUUAGAUUUACUAUAUAAGAAAGGGAUCAAUUUUCCAAUUAUUUGUAAAAAGGAUGGGUUGAUUCAUUCAGACAUUUACAUCCUAAAGAAGUUAAAUAUAGCUUUUUUAGUGCAAGAAGUAAUAGCAGGUAACAAAAAUGGUUUAUUUUAGAUAAGAAAACAAGGGAUGGAGAUUAGAUUAUUUUAUCAUAAAUAAGGAAGCCUCUGAUGCCAUUACAGUAUCUGAUAUAAACUUAACUGUUGAAGGAAGUGAUCACGUACCGAUUGAGUGUGAAGUUGACCUUAGAAAAUUAUGA